AUGUAUCCAUCUGAGCUCUGUAAUGGCUUUGAAUUGAUAACUGGAAUCUCAGAACAUGAAUGUUCAGGAAUUCCAUUAUCUCAACUGAGUAAAGGCUUUUCUACAAAUCAUAUUACAAAUAGAAUAACUAAACCAGACUCAAGUACACCAGGCUCAUCAGAAAGACUCACUAGUGCUAUCAAGCUCAGUGAAGAACAAAAGAAGAAAAUAGAGGCUAAUAGGAAGAAAGCUCUAGAGAAGAUCAAAGAGAAGCAACAAAAUUUUAGAGAUGCAUCAAGUGGUACAAAUCCUUCAUUAGGAAAAGAGUUACCAGGAAGUUCAAGUUCUACUGGUGCUGUUGCAACAAAAUCAUUCGAUAAGAUACGACCUUCCAUACAAAAAUCAUCUUAUAUUGAAUAUGACUUAUCAACUAUGAAGGACUCUAAAGGUGGGUUUAUUGCUGAUGAUCCAAAUACUAGCAAUAAGGAAGAAAAAACAUUUGAUGAAUGGAAAGAGGAACAAAGAAUUGUUAGAGACUUACCACCACCUGUGGAUAUGGAAAAUGCGCCAAAAUGUUUUGAAUGUGGUUCAUUUGAACUUAAUAUGAAACUGUUUGAACAUUUCAAAUGUCGUGUUUGCAAAAGAUGUGAGAAGAACAUACCUGAUAAGUAUUCACUUUUGACGAAGACAGAAUCUCGUGAGGAUUAUUUCCUCACUGAUCCAGAACUAAGAGAUGAAUCAAUAUUGCCACAUAUGGAGAAACCUAAUCCACAUGGAACUUUCAAUAGGAUGCAAUUAUAUUUAAGGUAUCAAGUUGAAGAAUUUGCGUUCAAAAAAUGGGGAGGACCAGAAGGGUUAGACGCAGAAUGGCAAAGACGUGAAGAAUUCAAAGUUAAAAGAAGAGAUCAGAAAUAUGAAAAAAAGAUGAAAGAGAUGAGAAAAAAAACUAGAGCUGAAGAAUACAAUAGAAGACUACGUGAUGGUAAGUUUAAUGAUCAUAGACAUGAAUGGUCCACGACUCUUCAAGGUGGAACAAACGAGGAUGGCUUAGAAGUAGUGAAAAGAAGAUGUAUAGACUGUGGAUUUGAACUAGAGGAAGUAUCUCUCUGA